GUACCAUCCCACUGAUCGAGCAUCCUGUGUAAUAUCCAACGCCCAGAACUCGUUCAUAGAUUUAAUUUAAUCGCUUUUUUGUGCCCUCGGGUCUUUAUGAUGGGUCUCUUUCUGCACCAUGCUCUGCUCCUGGGCUUAGCUGCAGGCCAGGCUGCAGCCACCCGGAAUUAUACUGAGCGCUACCGCCCUCAGUAUCAUUUCACCCCAGAGAAGAACUGGAUAAAUGAUCCUAAUGGACUGCUCUUUUAUAACAACCUCUAUCACAUGUUUUAUCAGUACAACCCUAAUGGCACGGAAUGGGGUGCCCUGUCCUGGGGCCAUGCAACUAGCACCGAUUUGAGCCACUGGGAGCAUCAGCCAGUUGCGCUUCUUGCACGGGGAUAUCCAGGCGAGAUUACAGAGAUGUACUUUUCCGGCUCUGCAGUUGCCGAUGUGAAUAACACAAGCGGCUUUGGUACGGACGGGAAAGUACCCUUAGUGGCAAUCUAUACAUCUUUUUACCCCCAAGCACAACGUCUACCCAGUGGAAAAUAUGUCCGCGAGAAUCAGCAGUCACAAUCAAUCGCCUACAGUCUUGAUGAAGGCCUGACAUGGACUAGGUGGGAUGCUGGUAAUCCUGUCAUCCUUGACCCACCAGUCCCUUACGAAGAUGAGUAUAAGGAGUUCCGAGAUCCCUUUGUAUUCUGGAAUGGACCAACACAGAAGUGGGUUGGACUGGUGGCUAUAUCCAAACAGCAUAAGAUCGCUAUCUAUACAUCCGACAACCUGAAAGAUUGGACGUAUGUGAGUGAGUUUGGUCCCUUCAAUGCUGUUGGUGGUGUCUGGGAAUGUCCCAACCUUUUCCCUCUACCACUUGAUGGCGAUAAUUCAAAUGUGAAAUGGAUUGCACAGAUCUCACUCAAUCCGGGUGGGCCGCCUGGUACCAUCGGAUCAGGCACCCAGUAUACUGUGGGAAGCUUCGACGGUAUUACUUUCACUCCGGAUGCAGAGAAUAUCUACCCAGAUGUCACACCGCCGCCGGCUGAUAGCGUAAUCUUUGAGGAUUUUGAAGGCACCGGUGACUUUAAUGCACUUGGCUGGACUGCUACAGGUGGUCUGAUAGGAGCGUCACCAGCCGAAGGAGCUAUUGGCGACCAACAAAUCGUGAGCGGAUAUAUGGGCCGUCGCCUCCUGAACACUUUUUUGGAUGGAGACAGUACUACUGGAACACUUACCUCCCCUUCCUUUACAAUUUCGCACCGGUAUAUUAAUUUCCUUAUUGGUGGAGGCUACAGCAGAAGCCAAACAUCCGUGAAUCUUAAAAUUGAUGGGCAGGUAGUACGGACAGCUACAGGCCACAACAGUGAAAGCCUAGUCUGGCAUGGGUGGGAUGUCAGCGCCUUGACGGGGCAGACUGCCACUAUUGAGGUUAUUGACAGUGCGGAUGGGGGAUGGGGACAUAUCAACAUCGAUGAAAUCUCAUUCUCAAAUACAUUGGCACGAAGUCAGAUCGCAAAUUGGCUGGAUUACGGUCCUGACUUUUACGCGGCCACCAGCUUUAAUGGGCUUCUCCAGGACGAGCGAAUUGAUGUGGCGUGGAUGAGCAACUGGCAAUACGCCGCUGCCACACCUGAAGAGGUUUGGAAGGGUGCUUACGCUCUUCCGCGAAAACUUUCUCUAAGAACUAUCAACCAGAAGCCCAUGCUGGUGCACGAGCCCAUGGGUGACUGGGCUGACCUGAUCCAACAGGAUGGCUAUUCCAAGGCUUGGGAUAAAGUACCCGAAGGGACUACGGCACUGGCUGUUUCGGGCCAAACGAUGGAGAUCAAUCUAAGCUUCCCUGACCGGGAGGCAGCACCCGAUGAAGUGGCCCGAUUUGGCGUCAUUGCGUUAGCGAUGUCUGAUCUGAGCGAACAGGUACAGGUCGGCUAUGACUUCGCAAGCAAACAACUGUUUAUUGAUCGGACAAAGUCGGGCAAUGUAACAUUCGACGCAACAUUUCCGGAAGUGUAUUAUGCGCCGCACUCCGCGGAUAGAGACGGGAAUAUCAACAUGCGCAUCUUCGUGGACUGGUCUUCUGUUGAGCUAUUUGGGGGGGAUGGUGAAACUAGUAUAACUGCCCGGGUGUUCCCGACUGAGAACGCGACUCAUUCUCAUAUAUUCUCCUUCGGUGGAGGAACUGAGAACGUAAAGAUUCGUGUGAGAAACAUUGAGUCGGUGUGGGCCUAAAAUGGAGAUGAUGGAACCAGGAAAAUGAUGAACUAUGGCAAGACGUGGGGGUGGCCCAGAAGACCCCACCACGUCCGAGGCAUGAAUUCUGAAUACCAGAUAUUACGCUACGAUACAUGCCACCCACAGUGUACAUAGAACUUUUAGCAGCUUAGAAAUCCCACUCCUCUAAGUCCCAUUA